AUGUCAUUUGAAUACCAAAAUUAGUAGUAGUACUAGCCUAGUAAAGUAGGAGAUGUUUAGAUUUAAGAGGACUGGCUAAAGAGAUCUCCUAACAUCAUAGAUUACAGAUAAAAGCUGUACUAGGCUUUCGCUGAUUCCCAGACUAGAUAUCUAUAGAGGAAGAAUGAGAGAAGGAUCAUCAAUCAAGUAGAAAAUCCAAUACCAAUGGACACAGUUUAGGAUUUUUACUCAGUAGAUCCUAAAAUAACAAGCUUGGCUUUGCAAAAAAGGAAAAUUGUUAAGGAAAGUAGAGGCUAAAUCAAAAGAAACAUCGAACGAUGGUUUGUCAUUGAUAACUUCCUAAUUACUUUCUUUAAAAGAGAAGGUGACUAGGACUUUAAGAAAAACGCCACCCUAUAAAAUGCUUUUGUUUUAGUAGAAAGAUUUGAUGAUUAAUCUGACUAUAAGUGGUAUGAUUUAACAAAGGAUUUUAGGGUCUAGAUUAGACUACCAGCUAGACAGAUCCUGCCCAUUUUUUAUUAUACUGAUGAUUUACAUGAAGCUCACAUAAUUGCUUGUAGAAUAUAUAUGGCCUCAUCUUAAAAGAGAGAAGAGAUAGGUUCGCUUUUGAAAAAGGUUUCGACAUUUGAAACUCUCUUCAGAUUCAGAGCUAUUUGGAAUAGGAUAUUCAAAGUAUAUGAAAACAGGCUUUUGAAAAUGAUAUCAUUCUAAAUUAUGGGAAUUAACUUGAUUGAAUUAGCCAACACUGGCUGGUAUUAAAGAGAGAAGCUAUUUAGGUUCUGGUCUGGCCAGAUAUUAAAACGUGAGAAAAUACCUCUUUUGAGAUCAACAUUUAGAUUUGGAGCUAUCAAAAGGCAACUUGAUCCAGAUCUCUACCGUUCAUCAUUAAUGGUAAGAGAGUAAUUGAGGCGUAUUGCAAAUGCUUUCAAAAACAGAAGACUCUAAAGACAUUCUGCAAUCUAGCAAGAUAUCAAUACUCUUUUGGAAGAGGAGGAAUUAGGAUCUCAAUGUCAGGAUAUUCUAAUAAAAUUCUUUAACGGCAAAGAUCUCACAUUUUAGUAUAACUAUAAACUUGGAAACAUAAAAAUUGAUAAAAAUCAAUACCUCUCUCUUGAAAAACUUUAGGACAAGACUAAUGGUGAGUUUUAUGAGAGAAAUCCACCCAUCAAGUUCUUAUUAGAAUACAUUAGUUACAUUGCCACCUCUUGCAAGCCAUUUGAUAAAAAUCAAGAAUCAUAUAGACUCAGAUUAUACGGAAGGACAACUAUUGAUGCAAGUAAAGAUGAUUUGACUAAUCUAAGCCCUCAUUAACUAGGCCUUGAUAUACUUAGAAGAGAACCGAAGGAAGUGUAUCAAGUCAAGAUACAAUCAAUAGAAAUUUCCGUUAAACUUGCCUAAUAAUUCAAUUUGAAAGCAGACGUUAGAGUAAGAUUAAAGCAGGCUAAGACUUUGGAUUAAUUUGAUACUCAUCCUUUCUAUAUCAACUCAAGACCCUACAGAAUAUCAGUGCCGCCAGACAGACAAAAAGGUAGAAUCGUCAUCAAAGGAUAUGACUAUACAUUUACAAUAGACAAAUUAGAUCCAAAUAAUCCAGAUGAGGUAUUUCAGCUUUAUAUUGUCUUGCAGAGAUAUAACGUGCCUGUGACUUAAUUCAUGAAAGAAUUCCUAUUUGAGGAGGAGUUCCUAUCCAAGAAGUACUUUAAGUUCGAGACAGCUAGCAAUUUAGAGGCUAAGGUCAGUGAUUCAAUGGGCAAUAAGAUGAAACUUAAGUUCAGCGUUACCAAGGUUUAAAACAACAGCGUUAUCUUGCCUGAUGAAAGAGAGGGAAAGAGGCUUCACAUUGGCAGGUACGCGCUUUACCGCAAAAGAAUAGUAAUUGUGAAGUCAAUUGACAAGGAUAUGAAUUGCAAAGUGCAGUUUUUGAAUAAACCUAGUAAGAUUGACACAGUGGCAUUGAAGAAAAUAAACCUCAUUGAAAAGAAGGGAGUAAAUGUCUUUGAUAUUGACAACCUGCCUAAUGCAAUCAGAGACUCUCAGAAUCAGUUUGUAAUAGAAUUAGUUGCCAGUAACAAAAGGCUGGUGAACACUAUUACUAGUGCUAUUUAGAACAGAUAGCUAUCAAAUUCUUUUGAGCAGAGAAGUUUCUUUAGAGAAGUAAAAAGGGAUAUAGAGGGUUAAAUACUAGUUUCUCUGGUUGAGGUCUUAAAUAUAAAGCAAAUAAAAAACUGCCAGCCCUACGUCAAGAUAACUGUAGAGGAUCCUGCUACAAGUGAUGUUUAGUCUUUGCAAUAUAUCAGUACUGUAAAUUAAAACACUCAAGCCACCACAUGGGUCUCAAACAGGUCGCCCUCAGGAGAAAUCGUAAACUUGGGGAAUUUCUUCAAAGAGGAGGUAAACAACAUUAAGUUCGAGGUUUUCAAUAAAAGAGGGGCAGGUGUAGACUCCUCCUCAGAUCAACUGCUGGGAGAAAUCCAGCUGACUACUAAUGAAUUUAUUGAUAUUGAGAAACCUGGUAAGGAAAUAAGUUUGAUCUUGGAAAAUAAGAAAGACAAAUCGUAUAUCUUCCUAGUUAUAUAGAGUUUGUUUGUUCCUACAAACGUCACAAGGAUUGAAUACUAACUUACUGAUGAUAUGUCAAUCUACUCAUCCCCAGAAUAGUAUUUCCAUUAAAUAUACAUGCAGAAGUAAUACGAAUUAGAUACCUUCAACUAUCCAGUUCCAUUGACUUAGUACUUUCCAAAUUAUCUUGAAAAGAUUUCACAGAAAGUUCUGAAUGAGCUAGAGUAGUAACUUACUCCUGGCAUAUCAUCUGUAAGAAAUAAGCAAUGCUCUCCAGAGGAAAAGCUUUCCAUGUCUCUUAAGUACCAAAACAUGCAGAGACCUGAAAUUGAAGAGGGAGUGCUCUUUUUUAAAUACCUGUGGAAGCAUAGAGUUCUGUUCUCAAAGUAGCAGUCAUUCAACGAGCUGUAGAACAGAUUCUGGAGUAAGUUUAUCAGUGAUAUGGAAAAAUAUGCUGCUACUCAUCAGUUUACUCUUCAAAUUAAGGAUAACGAGGUUGAUGGAGAGCUCAAUCAUAGCUUCGAUCACUACUCUAACAUCGAUGGAAGGUCUACAAUACUUAACCAGAAUAACUAGAAAGGAGCAUAGAUAUUCGACUGGUUUAAGUAAAAGCCUAACAAUCCAUAGGAAAAUACAAGUUAGAUCUCAAAGAAGUAAGCUCAGCAACUGCUGCAAAAGAAGUUUAUCCUUCUGUUUAAUAGCAUUUGGGAAAAUGAGGAGGGAUAGCAGUAUGCUGACACCUACUACUUGAUUCAGUCAGGUAUACCCCCUCAACUCAGAAUAAAAAUCUGGAAAGACUUGCUCAAAACUGAAGUCAUAGAGUUUGAAGAGAGCAGGCAUUUUUAGAAACACUUUGAAGAAUUCUUUGAUGAGCAAAAGUCUGUUUAUGAGAAUAUGAGAGACUACAGUUCAAGGCAAGACUGUCUUGCCUUCAGAUAAAUAGACGAGGAUAUUGAGUAUUAUCAAUUCCCCAAGUUAUAUCACGAAGAUGAUGAUCAUCUUAACAAGGUAAUUGCACUGAGAGAUGAGAAAAGAAAAAUGAGAAAUAUACUUAGAGUGUUGAUUCUUUGGUCUAGAAAUAAGAAGUAUGACAAUAGAAUUAUAAGUUACAAUUAUACCAAGGGAAUGCUACAUAUUCUUUAGAGAAUGAUUACAAUAGCCUCUGAAGAGGAUACUUUUUGGAUCCUCAAUAGUAUGAUCAGAUAGAUUCCAAGGCUCUUUUCAACUGAAGUGUCAUGUCUGGAAGGAGGCAGAAAUUCAGCCAUGAGAAACGAGAUGACUGCUUUCAAAGCUGUUUUAAGAGAAAACUUACCGUAAGUUUGCGAUAAGCUUAGAUUAUUGGGGCUGCCAGUAGACUAAAUGAUAUAUGACUCAAUGACCAGCUUUUACUCUCACUUCUUCUCAUCUGAAGUGGUACUCAGACUUUGGGAUUAGAUAAUCUUCAAUUUUAGCAAUAAUGACAGAGUAGCUAAAAAGAGAGCCUUGUGGUAUUUAAUGGCUCCUGCCUACCUUGUUAUUAGAGAGAAGACUACUGAAAUCAUGAAUGCUCAGAGUAUCUAGCAAGUUUUAGACAUAUACAGUAAUGGAAGCUCGCUGAGUUACAAUCCCGAUUGGGUGGUCAAUGAACUUAAAGUUUUGAUCAGGGAUAUAUUUGUAACAGGCAUUGAAAGGUUGUAGGAUGGCGGACAGAGCAAGUUAAGCUUAGGUUUUAACAAACUAAUCAACCGUGGAGGCAAUAAUGUAGACAAGGCGCAACUAUUAGAGUAAACAAGAAAAAACUACGAGGCUGAUCUAUCUCUGAUCUUUAACUCGAUCGAAGAGGAAAAUAAGCAGAUUGGAAUUUUACUUGAAAAAACUAACUUCUUUGUAAAUCCUAGAAAUCCUUAGUACUUGGACUAUAUAAAAUGGAGAUAGCAUGUCAUGGCUAGAUUUAAGAAGGUAGCAUUGAAAAAUCAGGAUGACUUCUAUGACGAUCUUUAUGAGUAUGAGGAACCCGAGAUGAAUAAGGAAGAUAUGGAUCUGUCUAAGAUUAACUUAUAUUUGCACUAGAUUUAGAAUCUAAAUGGGAUCAGAUUAUUUAAGAUAAGGCUUUUGUAUGGUAGAAUUAUUAAUGAUUUGCAAGUGCUUGAGGAGAGAUAUAGUGAGGAUGUAUAUAAGGAUACAUAGAUUAACCAGUAUCAUGCUUUUGAAUACCUUAAAGGCUAUAAUCAAGUUAAAGUCGAAAUUCUUGAUAAUUAAAAUGAUGAUUAAGUGGUUUGUGAGUUGAUUGUUGAUCUUAGGGAACUGAACUCAAAUCGCUUCAUCAAGAAGUACUAUCAAAUGAGGAAUGAGUAUCUGGUAGAGAAUUUAGAUUCAUACAGGCAACCAUUCACAGUUUUCGUAAUCAGUUUCUUUCUGCAAACUCAUACCACUCAUUAGCAUGAUGAGCUUAUGAAGUCUAGAAAUACUUAAAUGUCUCAGUUCAUUAACUCAAUAAAGAGGAAACUCCCAGAUAGAAUAGAUAUUUUCAACAAGAAAAACGAGACAGAGUUCGUAGAGCACAUGAAACAUGAUUUUAAGAGAAUAAUAAAGGAAGAAUUUGAAGCUCUCUCUAACUUCCUGCCAGAGUAGUAAGCUAGAAACACCAUCAAUGACAACUUUAACUUCAUUGAGGACUCAGAUUUUGGAAACAUAACCAUAGGAAACUUGCAAUAUCUAGUGAAAUAGUGUUUCUUUACAGAAUGGUUACCAUAUCUAGACUCACUUUACAAGAUAUUUGUCAAGGAAGAAGAGAACAAAGAGGAGGAUAUGAAGUAAAACGAUGAUGAUGGCAAUUUAAAUGAUGACUCUUUUGCUAUUGAGGAUAACAAAGGAAAUUUCAAUGUCUUUACUAAGAUUAAAGAUGUGGUCAUGAAAAAGCCUUAGAGCACUAUAAGUGGAACUUAGAACUAACUUCAGAAAAGCCAGAAUAAUAAUGCGAUGCUUUUAGAGGGAAGAACUACAAUAAAAAAGAGGUCAAAGCUUCCAUUUUCUCUUAGAAAUUUCAUCGUUAGUUUGGUGCUAAUGAGUCACUGCACAGUCAAUGAAAAAUUAGACAUCCUAUAUGAUUUAUUCGAUUGGAACGAUGGAGUUGCUGAUGGUUUAGAUAUGAAUUCGAUGUUUAUGCUAAUCAAGACUAUAUUUGAAAGAAAUUUAUAUUACUGGCCAUCUCAUGAACUAUUCAAUCUAGUUGAAAUGGCUUUCGAUCUUUCAGUCUCAUCUAUUUAUCAGGUACUAUGGACUAAGGAGAUUAAUGUCUCAUCUACCAAGAAGUACAUUAAAUUGAAGGACCUCUUAGCUAGAGCUGAUUAAAUUAAGCCUGAAGAAAAAUUCACAAUUGAUUGCACUGAUGAGAUGCUGGAAAAUAUAAACAGCUAUCAGAGAAUGUUUGGAAAUAAGAAUAUUGAUUUCAAUGUGGAUUCAAGUGCAUUCAAGAAAAUAGAUACCCUCAUUAAAGGGGGAAAGAAAAUGAUUGAGAACACUAGUUAAGGAGGUGGAAAGUACAGGCUAGUUAUCUUCUAUUUAGUUUCAAGUGAAAGAUAUCAGUUUGAAGUGGAAUAUGAUAAUGAAGGACAACUUAUAAAGAAUAGAGACCUUGAUGAAAAAGAUGAUAUUGAUGAAUAUCUCAAGAGAAAUAUCAACAAGCUGUAUCUAACUGGUAGGUCAAAGGGAAUAAGUAAAAAGGAAUUUCUGUUGAAGACUAGUCAAAUACCAUUCCUUUAAGAUCUUAUUAGAGUUGAAACUAUUUACAGAGAUAGAUUCUAAUCAACUUUGCAGAAGAAAAACAAGCUUGAACAAGAGUUGAUAAUUUUAAUUAACGAAGAGGAUAUGCAAUUCAUCUUUAGGUUUUAGUCAAGAGUGAUGUAAAACAUCGAGGGAGACAUGCAAGUUAUUGACCAAAAGACUUUUAGAAUUCUGAUGGCUGAGGCCUAUGAGCAAGACACAAUCUCUGAUAUUAGAGAGAGAAUCGUUAAGGUGAUGAUAAAGGUGAGUAAAAAGGAGAAGCAAAUCUAAGAUAAGCAUAUUACUCUGCUAAGAGGGGCUAAAGAUUUCUUUUUAAAGGAAGAUAAUUCAAUCAAAUGGAGAAUGGUCAAUGAGUAUGACAGGCUUGUUGAGUUCAAGAAUCAGAAUCAAGCGAUUAGCAGAAUGCAGAAGGAAAUCAUACUUAAGAUGGAGCAGACUAAGCACUAGGGCGAAGACAAGUUUAUGAACAGCAAAGAGGAGGAGAGAGAUCUUGCUGGUUUCGAUUGCUAUUCAUUGUAUAAGCACUGUGAUAACUCUUAUGAGUGGAGACUGUGCAAGAUCAUGCAAAAGGAACCAUUCGCUUAGAAUCAAGGGAUAAAUGGAAUGCUAUCUGGUGGCGCUGCUGCGCUAGAUGUUCUCAAAAAGGACUCGAGCUUGCAACAAUUUUACUACUGGAUUGAAUUUUUGCAUCAUAGAAAGACGGGAUAAAAACUGUGGCUGAAGCGCAGAAGAGAGGAAAUCUUAAUAAGUGCAAGGUACGCUCGUGAGCAGCAAAGAAAUUAUCAAUAGACGACACUCAAGUUCAUCAGAGAUCUAUACUAGGAAAUUUUACCACAUAAAGAAUGCGAUCUCAAAUUUGUUUAGAAAAAUGUGCCUGAUUAAUCACAGAAUGAUCAACAGUUUAUUCAGCAGAAAUGA